CAAGAUGGCGGCGUGCGUGCUGAACCGAGUGUGUAGCACCUUGAGGGGCCCCGGGAUUCAGAGAGCGACACCCACUAUGGGUCCCGGGUACAGUACGGGCUUGGUAGUGUCCAAAUCAGAUACGGUACCAGCAACCCGAGGGAACCGCUCACAACAGAAGAACCUUUUCAGAAGAGAGGCUGCUCCUCCCAGGACAGAGAAGAUGCUUCCGGACCAGGAUUGGUGCAGUGUUUAUCCAACAGCAGCGCCAUUCAAGCCAUCAGCGGUGCCCCUUCCUGUGCGUAUGGGGUAUCCCGUAAAGAGGGGUGUCCCCCCGGAGAAGACCGGAAACUUAGAGCUCAUCAAGAUCCCAAACUUUCUGCAUCUGACACCGGUGGCUAUCAAAAAUCACUGUGCUGCCCUGAAAGAGUUUUGCACCCAGUGGCCGUCUGCUCUCUCCAGUGAUGAGCUGUGCGAAAAGAACUUUCCAAUCAAUUUCCAGACUUUGGAUUAUGUCUCUGCUGGCCCCUCACUCCGGAACCCCAAAGCCCGUGUGGUGAGCAUGCAGGUGAAGCUGUCUAGCCUCAAUCUGGAUGAUCAUUCCAGGAAGAAGCUUAUAAAACUUGCAGGACCAAGAUACGACUCGACUACCGAUACCCUCACCCUCCGCUCUGAUAGGUGCCCAGUAAGGAGACAGAACCGGGACUACACUCUCUACUUGCUGACUGUCCUGUACCACGAGUCCUGGAAAACUGAAGCCUGGGAAAGCGAGAAAGAGGAGAGUGACAUGGAGGCGUACGUGUGGGAAGGGAGCAGGUCGGAGAAGAAUGCCCUAGAAACCCUUCUCAGAGGGAGAUACAGUUCCACGCCACAAGAGCAGAUCCUACAGAGCCCUGCCGUGCAGCAGUACCGCAACGCCAUGCUGAACUUGCGCAACCAAGGCGAGCAGGAGGAAAGCAUUGAGAACUACAAGCAGAGUGUGAAGAGCAUGCUGGGAAUUGCAUAACGGCCUUAGACCCAGACAUCCAAUGUGCCUCCUGUACAGAUGGUUUUGUGCAGCUUUGCAGGCUGCUUUACACUUACAACCAUUUAGACGGGGCUCUUGUUGCGGAUACAGGCUCCCCCUGGUGGUUUAGUUGCGUACUGCAGCUACCAGUUCUGCCUCUGUGAAAUUCCAGCCGGAAUAAUUCCGGCAAACACAGAAUUUAAGGUAUGCGGCUGUGCAUAUUUCAGUUUUUGGCCGAGACUAAAACUCCACUGAACUUUACUUGUAUCAAACAUUAAAAGGAUUUGGCUGAGUUA